AUGGAGGUACCGAUACUCACUACUCAGCCAUUGUUCGCAAAUGGAGAACCCACAGGGAGGGGACUAAUCGCGUUUGGCAUGGAUGGGUAUAUCAUUCCCAUGGGACCUGCAAGCGUUAUGAAGAUACCAAAGUUGGACGCGACAAUUCUUCCGGAUGGAUCUCUCGAGCCAGACAAAGACAACGCCUGGAAAGUCGAUGGUCUAGAAAUCGAGAAAGAAGUUUAUCGACGACUACACGGAGUGAUCGGGCUUGCGAGUUGUCUAAACAUUUCGACAAAUGGGUUGGAACUUGAGUACUAUCGAAACGGAGAUCUGGAAGAUUUUGUCAAGAACAAUCCUGCUCCGGCAUGGACUCAGAGGCUAGACUGGAUUAUGCAAGUUGUUGACUUUGUCGCGGCUUGCCAUGACAGGAAGGUGCUAUGGUUUGAUAUCGCAUUGCGCAAUAUAUUGCUUGCAGAUGACUGGACUAUCAGAGCAAUCGAUUUUGCCAACAGUACAGCAGCGCCAUUGGAUGCCGAUCUAGAUGUCACAGAUUGGGAUGGCUACACAUCGAAAGUAGAGUUGUUGCAUGUUGCCAACGUCAUCUACUCGAUCUCUCGCUGGGAGAAGUUUCAGACGGAUUGUGUGUAUGAAGAGGAGUGGCCGUCGGCUGACACUUUUCCUGAUAUACGGGAUCUUGUGCUCGGGCAGAUUAUCAGCCAGGCGUGGCAACGUCAGUAUAGCAACAUACUUGAACUGCGACAUACGCUACGGAGCUCGCAGGAUGAAGAAGGAGAACCAUAG